UGGAACUGCAGCCCUCAUAGUAAGGCUGAACCUAUGACAGUUAGCAGUAAAACAUUACAACUUACCGAUAGGAUGGCCUCUUCACCAUUUCGUGGUGGUAUGCCCAAGAAUUAUGACAGUGGAGGGUCAAGCAGUGAGACUGAAAACGGGAUUUGUCUCACUCUGAUGGAAAAAAAGUUAAGAUCUACUGCCGCAAAAACAAAAACAAAGGUAUUUGGUACAUGUAGUUUUUGUGGUCAGCCGAUCACUGGAGAGAAGCAGCGAGUGGAGAUAGCAAUCCCAACUACUAUCAACUCUGGGAAGUUUGUUCUGAGCUACGAUGGUCAUGGUGUUGCUAAGCUUCACAGCAGCUGCUGGAAAAACGUUCUUGGUUCAAUAAAGCAGCGUGGAGGGCGACGGUAUGUCAGGACUUCCAGGAAUUCCAAGACAUCUAAUUCAGCAGACAAGGCUGUAACUGAACAACCUAAGUUCGAAAGUGUUGAGCGCAGUAUUCUUAAAGAAGUCUCUGGUGCUGCUGAAUUUUACGACCCAAUGGUGGUAGUGGGAUGGGAAGCGAUCAGGAUAGCUCGGUUAAUAAAGAGUGCGCGUCACUGCAUCGUGUUCACUGGAGCUGGGAUAUCUACAGCAGCGGGUAUUGGUGAUUUCCGGGGCAAGGCUGGCAAGUGGACCAGUAAUGAUCUCAACGACUUCAUCAGCGACUUGUCGUUAACAAAGAAGGAAGAUCCCGCAAUACCUGAUGUUGGUGUGGACUACGAGACCCUCCGACCUACUUACACUCACGAGGCCCUGAAAAUCCUUCUUGAUCAGGGCUUCGUCAAGUAUAUCAUCAGCCAAAACGGAGAUGGACUCCACAAACUGAGCGGAGUACCAACAGGAAGUAUAUCGGAGCUACACGGAAACGUGUUCGAAGAGUACUGUGAAAAGUGUGGCACGAGGUAUGCACGUGACUUUUACACGCUUGAUGACGUAGCUGGACAGUAUUUUGACGAUAUGGAGGAUUACGGGAAGAGCGAUAUCAAACUUCCUAAAUAUGCUGUCAGGUGUAAAAGUUGUGGACUCUGCCACCGAACUAGUAGAAGAUGUGCUAAGUGUAAGGGAUACCUUCUAGACACCAUUAUUAACUUCGGAGACAACUUGGAGCAGGAUAUCAUGGACAGGGCAGAGGAACAUGCUGGCAAAGCUGAUCUCGUCAUCUCUCUUGGGACCACUAUGGCCGUAACUCCAGCAAAUAGUUUGGUGACACGGAACAAAGGAGCAGGUCUGCUGAUUUGUAACCGUCAGAAGACUGAGUUCGACUCUAUUUGCGACCGAAAGAAUGGUGAGGGUGCCAGAACAGGAUCCAGGGUUUAUAUAGACUGUGAUGUUCUGAUGAAGUGCGUGAUGAGCCUGUUACUAAACACAAACGAUCUGAUCCGGUGGGAAGGAGAACGUGAUCUGAGGUUGAAGAUAUACGACACUCAACGUCACAAACCCGACCCAAUCUCCCCUACCACCUCAACCAAUGUUAGCAGUAAUCAAGCUUCAUCUAGUAAACCUAGCGGCUCUAACAAGACAGCUAACUAUAAAGUAAGGGGUGGAAGGGAAAAGAAGAUGUCACCUGGCAAGGAUGAAGAGAUAUCAUCUCAGGAAGGUGGAUCAGUCAGUAAGAGAGCUAUUUCUCCUGAGGGAGGAAAACAGAAACGGAGAUCAAGUAAACGGAUUAAGAUUAAAUUAUGAUUUCCCGUUUAGAGUAGUUUCAAUAAAGAUGAUAAUUUUGCGAAUUUUUCAGCUUGAUUGCUGUUUUUUUUUCUCUCGAAAUUAGCCACACAUAAAAGGUUGCGAUUCCAGGUGCGGAAUCGCACUAUUUACUAAUAUUACUGCACUUACAUGCCGCCUAUGUGUAGAUACCGUGGCUAUUGCUUGUUUGCUCUAGCAUUUAAAUUUAAAAUUUGUAAUCAAGAGAUAUUGUGUGAUAUGUAGAGUAAGAGAUAUUGUGUGAUAUGUAGAGAUAUUGUGUGAUAUGUAGAAAUAUUGUGUGAUAUGUAGAUUGUAGAAUAUUUAUUGAUAAUUAAUAACCCAAUAACUAUUAUAAGCAUCAAAUAUACGUAUUUUGAGAUCACUUGUUAACAGGUUAUAUUUUACGCUUUUCUGAAACCAUUUCACGAGUUUUGAAAGUUUAAGGUUUUUAUUCAUUAUUAAUAUUAGUAUUACAUAAUCAACAGUAUGGGUAGAUUUAUGUGAAAUUUGUAACUGUAUAUUAGCUGUAUGUAAUUGUAUGCUGAACAGUGAACUUACAUUUGAUAUUACUGUUCCGCUGUUCCGGUCUAAAUAUCACUAAAUAUGUGUCCUUUUUU